CCUGAUUCUCUUUAUCUCUUAGCAGGAACAAAAAUCUGUGUGCGUAGCAACAGGUUUUAGAGGUAGAUUCUCUUCACAGUAUCAUUUAUUGAAAUCACUGGAUCAUGGCGGCAGCAGUGAAAUGGGCGGUAUCACACAGAACUAUCUGGAGGCAUUUAUUUCCAAUCCAAAAUGGAGCCAUAUCUAGUGCUCGUCACAAAUCUACGUAUUCUUCCCUUCCAGACGACUACAAUUGCAAGGUAGAGCUGGCUUUGACGUCUGACGGCAGGACAAUAGUGUGCUACCACCCUUCCGUGGAUGUCCCCUACGAACACACCCAACCUAUCCGUCAUCCAGAUCUUCUGCAUAAUAAUGAGGAAACACAUGAGCAGAUACUGAGAACCAAGUUAGAAGGAAAUCGCAAGCAUCUUGAGCAAGGGCCCAUGAUAGAACAACUCAGCAAGGUGUUCUUCACCACAAAGCAUCGCUGGUACCCACACGGACAGUAUCACAGACGCCGUAAGAAACUGAACCCUCCCAAAGACAGGUGACCGACUCCUCUUAUCUCAGAGUAGCAAGGACAUUUGCUCUGCGUCCUGUUUGCCAGUUGAGAAAAUGUACACGUGUAUUCAUUCCGAUGGUAUGCAGGGGAGUAAUAAAGAUGCCCUUUCAUGGACUCAAGUGUGUAUUUCGUUAUAGUGA